UUCAACAUGCUAGGAGGAGCCGUAAACCCCAAACAGAAAGAAGAACAUGGUAGUAGCUGCUAGUUUCCCGUCCAAGUGGUUUUUGUAAGUUGGAUAAAUUAUAUUGUUUGCUUCCAAGUCAAAGAGAAAUCUCGGCAUUUUCAGUUAUCUCAUUCGCUCGAUAAAUUGUUAAAUAUGUUGUCGUCCAUCGCCUCUUUGCGUGCGCGAAGUGGGAGGAAAAUACUGGCUUCCACGUUGUCCAUCUUUUUGAAGCCACCACAUGCACGAAUUCUGACCCGAGUACAGGGUUUGUCUCGACACCGGCCAUUCAGGCUUCUCGCACCGACUCCAUGCCAGCUGCCCACGGGACUAACUUACAGGUGUCUGUCAGCGUCCUGUCGAGAAGACACCGACCCCCCAGACUCUCUCUCAGUCCGGCCUGACAACGACCGUUUCGGCUCGCUGUCUGCCGACAUGGCCUCCAGGAAAUUGUUCAGGAAAAGCAGCUCCGGUAUCCGUGACCUGCGACACCAAGAAAACGAAGAUGAGGAAGCAUCUCAUCUGAGGCCCGGGAGGAGAAACACGCCGUACUGGUACUUCUUACAGUGCAAGAAGCUGGUUAAAGAGAACAAGCUGCAGGAGGCGUUGGAGAUGUUCAGCAGAGACAUGCUGCAGGGAGAGAGGCUGCAGCCGGAGGAGUACAACUACUCAGUCCUGAUCGGAGGCUGUAGUCGAGCUGGACAACUGAAAAAGGCCUUCAAACUCUACAAUGAUAUGAAGAAGCGAGGUCUCGAGGCUGGAGAUGCGACCUACACGGCACUGUUCAACGCCUGCGCUGAAUCGCCUUCAAAACAAGCUGGUCUUCAGCAAGCACUGAAGCUGGAGCAAGAACUCCACCGCAAAAACUGUCCCCUGAGCGCCAUCACGUACCACGCUCUUCUCAAGACUCAUGCACUCACCAACCACCUCCAAGCUUGUAUUCACACAAUCAGGGAGAUGCUACAGAAUGGACAUGCUGUGACUCAGGAGACGUUUCACUACCUACUGAUGGGCUGCUUGAAGGACAAAGAAAUAGGAUUCAGACUGGCUCUACAAGUGUGGCGCCAGAUGUUGCAGUCAGGAAUGAUUCCAGACACAAAGAACUAUAACUUGCUCUUGAGAAUUGCCAGAGAUUGUGGGAUUGGCGACACCGGUUUGGCCACUGACGUUCUGCUGAGGGACUGUGAGAUUCGGAAACAGAGGACAGGUGUGUCAGAGUCCAGGUGCAAGGACAUAAUAGACAUUGACCUACUGGAGAGGCAGUUGUGUUUCCAGCCUGAUCCACAAAGUGACACUCAGCAGGACAGCAGACACCGUGAGGAGUUCAACAGCAGACAGGAUUCAACCUAUAUGAUGCCAAUCAGAAAAAAAGAAAACACCUCCCUCCCUGUGAACAUACCAGCAGAUUCCACUGCCCCUAACCUAUUGGACCUUUUUGAAGGAAAAAGCAGUGACGUGAUCUCCCUCGGCACUGUAGACGGAGCAUGUGAUAGACUGGCCCUCAUCGGUGGUGCUGAAGGUUUCCUGGAGAAGAUGGCAGCAAAGGGACUCAGUCCAGACCUCAGAACUCUGACCCUGCUGGCUGACAUGAUGGAGCCAGGCUACCAGUGUCUGCAGGCGUUGUUAAAGGUCGCCAAACAACAUCAGUUGAAGCUUGAUGCUGUGUUCUUUAACUCAGUGAUUCGCAAAGCAGCAAAAGCUAGUGACCUGGAAGGAGCAAAGGCUGUGCUGAGUGUAAUGCGACAGUGGAAUUUGAAGGUGGACAUACAGACAUUUGGAUGUCUUGCAUUAGGCUGUGAGCAAGAGAAGGAUGGCCUUCAGCUGCUGAAAGACAUGGCGGAGGCAGGAUUGAGACCCAACAUCCAUGUGUUCUCUGCUCUAAUUGGCCGAGCAAGUCGGAGACUGGAUUACGUCUACCUGAAAACAAUCCUGAAGACCAUGAGUGACAUGGGAGUGUGUCCUAAUGAGGUCAUCAUCAGACAGCUGGAGUUUGCUGCACAGUAUCCUCCCAACUAUAACAAGUGCUCCAACAGAUCUGGAUGCAACAGCUUCCCUCACGGUGAUUUGGUCUGUGGUCUGCUCGUUUCAGCCAUUCUCCUAAUAUGUUUUGCAGUAGAGAAGUGUUUGUCAAUCGAUAAUUUUUUUGUAUUCCACUACAAUAUUGCACGGGGUGCAAAACAGUUUACCUCCGCAUUUGUGAAGGACAUCAGGAAAAUGUUUUGCAUGGUCUUUAGCCGUAAUUUUUGUUGGUAAAUGAGAGACAUUAGAAUCACACAUGCCUGGAUUUUCAAAUUCGGUGACGUACGCGCAUUACGUUUGCUCUGGGGACUGCUAUGAUUGGCGGAACUCAUGGGAAGCUGGCCAAAACUGUGGAAACGUUGCAGGGAUUGGACAAAAUUGCAAGGCCGCGCACAAUUCGCCCAUCUUCGCCCCCUGGUGAGUCCAAACAUGGAUCCCCUGCAGUUUGCGUACCAGCCAGGGAUUGGGACGGAUGACGCCAUCCUCUACCUGCUGCAGAGAUCCCUGUCUUACCUGGAGGACACUAGAAACACCAUGAGGAUGACGUUCUUCGACUUCUCCAGUGCCUUCAAUACAAUCCAACCCUCACUGCUGAGGGUGAAGAUGGAGAGGGCGGGGGUCAGUGACCAGCUGGCUGCAUGGAGCAUGGACUACCUCACAGACAGACCUCAGUAUGUGAGGCUACAUACAGUGUGUCUGACGUGGUGGUCUGCAGCAUAGGAGCCCCCCAGGGUACAGUACUCUCACCUUUCCUCUACAUCCUCUAUACAUCGGACUUUCGCUACUCCACAGACAGUUGUCAUCUCCAGAAGUUCUCCGAUGACACUGCCAUCAUAGGAUGUGUGUCAGAGGGGAACGACUGUGAGUACAGGAAAGUCAUCAUGGACUUUGUGUACUGGUGUGGGCAGAACCACCUCCGAAUAAAUGCCAGCAAGACAUAGGAGAUGGUGAUUGAUUUCCACAGGAAACCCUCAUACACUCCACCAUUGAACAUCCAGGGACUUGACAUUGAGAGAGUGAGGACCUACAAGUACCUGGGUGUUCACCUAAAUAACAAACUGGACUAGACAGAUAACACUGACGCUCUUUAUAAGAAGGGUCAGUGUCGUUUAUACCUGCUUAGGAGACUUGCAUCAUUUGGUGUGAGCAGGCCACUGCUGAAGAUCUUUUAUGACACUGUGGUGGCAUCCAUGGUCUUCUAUGCAGUGGUGUGCUGGGGAGGGGGACGCUCUGAGCAUGAUAAGAACAGACUAAACAGACUGAUUAAAAGAGCAGCUCAGUCUGUUGCUGCCCCCUGGACUCCAUGGAGGUGGUGGGAGAGAGGAGGGCUCUGGAUAAACUGUCUUCUAUCAUCAGAAACACCUCCCAGCCUCUGCAUCAGACUGUGAACUCUUUAAGAAGCACCUUCAGCAACAGACUGGUACACCCUAAGUGUAAGAAGGUACGUUUCCACAGGUCCUUUAUUCCAGCAUCAGUCAGACUUUACAAUGCUGCAUUAUACUGGUCGACCUCUAUUCCUGCUGCACUUUUUUCCCUCCCAUAUGCAUACCACUUAUGUGCAAUAACUGUUUCAACCUCAUCCUCAUGUAAAUAGUCUUCUUUAAAAAAAAAAUCUUCUGUGUAUAUAAUAUUCUCUGCGUUUUUGCACUGUGUAAUUUAUUCUGUACUGCCUUUACACUAUUUUUUCUCCUCGGAGCUGCUGUAACAGUGAACUUUCCCCACUGUGGGAUCAAUAAAGUUUAUCUUAACACACCAA